AUGGCCGCCAACGGAACUGCAGUAGGACAGGGUGCUUGCCCAGGACCAUUUCUUCAAGAGGACCUUUUCAGCACAAGUGGUGGAUUCGUAAAUGGUAGAUUCUGCUCGGAUCUGCUAGGUCCUUCCUGCUGCUUACCAUGCCCACAAACGGAGUGGCUGUAUCCGGACAACUUUCAAACCAUCACAUUAGCAGCAAACUGGAUCAAUGUGCUCUCUUUAGUUUGCAUAGCCUUCCUUCUAUUGUCGUUCGCGGUUCUACCAGUUGGCAAAACUCACCGUCAUUAUCUGAGCGUAUGCCUAGCUAUUGGAGUCACGUUCAUGAGUCUUGGGUUCAUCAUUCCCUUAGGAGCGAAACCAAAGCAGUGCUACGAUGCCAUCACGCCGAAUGACAUGGGUUCAAAUACUUCAUGUGCUCUUUCCGGCGCUUUCUUGAUUGCAGGUGGAUGGGCGGCCGUGAUAUGGGUAUUCUUACGCGCAAUUGCACUGCACUUGCAAAUUUGCUGGCAGAUAGUCAUUGGGAAGACUUUCAUGUGGGGUGCACUUGCAACUGGGUGGGGAGUACCUGCAAUAGGUGUGACUCUUGCGCUGGUUUUCAGCGGUGUCUCCUUCCGAUUUGGCGACACUUGCCAUAUUAACCACAAGAACAGUCUUGCUGUUCUCUGGAUACCUUUGCUGGUAUUCGCAGGCAUUACUGUCAUCACACAGUUCGCAACGUUUGGUUAUUGCAUCAAGGUCUAUCUCGCCUCCCUUGUCGACGACUCGACCACGACAGAAAACUCUGGUUUGCCGUCUUACACGAGCAGUGUACGAGGAACGAUUUCGCCUAAACAGGCCUACCGAAGAGUAAAGCGUGUUAUGGAAUUGCAGUGGAGAGGCAUUGUCGUUGUCCUUCUUAUUGUCACCGACGUGAUCUUUUUCGCCAUCAUUUUCGUCUUCAUGGACGACAUCGCGACGAACAUGGUCAAAAAUCCUACCAAAUCGACAGCAUGGCUCGGCUGUCUUAUCCAAACUAAUGGCAACAAGAAUAAAUGUCUUAGUCUCGCUCAACACAUUGUCGUUAACCAAGCGACCGUCAUGGCUGUACUUCUCCUCCUCUCCGUAAAUGGCGUCUGGGUUCUUUGCCUCCUGGGCCGCUUUUCUAUGUUCACAGGCUGGUAUGAACUCAUCCGCCAUCGCGUCAAGCCUAACACCGAGUUUGUAUCUGCCGAUGCGCACGCAUACAAAGACCCCAGCUCUUAUGAGAUGCUUGGACGGGAACGCGACAACGGCAACGGCGAUAGCAAAACGCCAGAACCCUUCAUGGCUACAUCAAACGUAGUCACACCACUCUCGCCGGUUGCUAAAAGCGGUCGCGAGACUCCGGAUUACUUUGGACGGGAAGCUCGAUACAAGUCGCCUUCGCGGUCCUUCUCAAGUCCAAAACCACCUCCUGGACACGUAUCACCCAACAUACAAUGGGAACCCCAACUCAGCACACAAAGAGCUGGGACUGGAAUCAACGAGUGGGAUGGUGCGAACACACACGCACAGUCCACAUAUUAUACUGGCAUGGACCCGUUGGCUAUGAAUAAGAUCUAG